AUGCCCUCCCACGAUCAGGCCCCUCUCGCACCAUUACAUGCCUUCGUUACCGCACGGCGCGGUGCAGCUUUCGAAGCCGAUAUAUUCGCUGUGCUUCUUACUUGUCCCCUGGUUAUCCGCUCUGCUGAGUUUGCUCUCGCCGACGGCGCUCUUUACGCUACCCCAAACGUUAUACCUCCGAUUGGCAAUUUCACCGAACGCUUCUGGAAGCUUAACGAAGAUGUACGAAUCGAUCGAGGCUCUUCACGAUUUUGGUCUCGCCUUCUCGUAUUGUUUGACAUCAAGAGUAAAGUAUCUCGCAGGGCCGAAGACCAGAUAUACACUACCCCAGUGUCCCAGCGCGCACGGGUGGCCUUCUACAUCUGUAUAUGUGCUGCCAACCCAAGCUACGUGGAGCUCAUUCCUAAUCGACAUGGCGGAGAAAAUGGUUCUUCUGACAAUCGAGGUCGUAAUGUUGCGGUCAACAUCUCCCGCAAGUCCUUCCUCCCGCCACGAGCAUAUGGCGCCCUCAGCCCGUGUAACUCUCCAUAUCGAAUGCCUAUUGCAUUACUAUCGGAAGCCCUCCAGAGCAUGGCCGAAUGCGCGCGUGGUUCUGGCGACUAUGUCAAUCCUUGGACGCGGGUUCGGUUCACUGGCUGGUCGCCACAUAUAGAGCACGCGAACGACGGAUUGAUGCCAAAGGAAGACUCACAGCACUUUACUUCCUUCCUCAGUAUCAUAGAGAUAUGGAGAAGCGUUCGAAAUGCAAACAACCGUGCUGAGAACGCGAUACCGAUGCACUUUGGUUUCGUUGACCAUCAGCCUUGCCUGGCUGAUUUUAAGUUUCUCGUCCCGAGUACCAUGCAGCAUGUACAACGUCAAGUAUUCGUGCAGCACAAGAUAGACGGGCGAUACCGGUCUCCAGCCAGUCCACUUAACAAGGUAGCGAUCGCUCGCAACGGCACCAAGGGUAGUCUAAACUAUUACUUCACACACCAUAAUCAAUUCGACUUCCUCUUCUAUCAGUUCGAUUACACCGACCUUGAACAGAGAUCCUGGACGCAGUUCUUCUUCCUUCCUGAGCGCGAACUCCCUGACGAGUUUUACAAGACGAAGGAUCUGGAGGGCGACUUCAGCAGCAGUGCUUGGAAGAAAUACUGGAUAGAACAAGACAAAGCUGGUAGAUGGGUUCAACACGUAUACGACAUCAUUCAAUCAAAUCCACAGCCACGAAAACCUGGUCACCGUCCUGCCCGGCCGUCGGAACCCACAGACGCAACGCAGAAGGCGCUGCCUAUUCGCCUGCCCCUUAGUCCUGUCAACGAAACGUCUUGGUUCUAUCGAAAGUUGUUCUAUACCCUGAUGUCACAAUGCGCAUCUCGGUUGUCUGGUCUUGUCAUCGUUCUUUCCCGUGGAAAUGAUAUGGGGGAUUUCGCUUACUGUCGCUACCAAUGGACAAAGUGUGAGCAAGAUGCCUUCUUUGCACAUGGCGAUCCACCUGCUACAAUUACACAAUUACCUUAUCUGACAUCGACUGUUCCGUUUCAUGUUAUAACAAGUACUAAGGAACAAACUUCACGUGGACCGAGUCUCUCUUCCACUGACUUUAGAAGGGUAAAUUCAUGUCGGCAGGAUCGACUGCUUGUCUUCGAUGUGUUUGGGUUAGAAGGACGCGAUAUUGAUGGUCCGGUUUUGGUUGUUCCGACGAACGAUAUCAGCCCAACCAGUGCACAGCGGGCUCUUUACGAUUCUAACAACUCCUCGGAUCAUCAUAACAAUGAGUUUGAUGAACGUGUUCCUCUUCUUGCCGAACUCCUUCACACGCGCCUUAUUCCAGCAGAUUACGCAGUUGGCACUGGUGGGCCGCUUCUCUUCGAGCGCGAUGAUUCGUGGGGUGCGUUGUGGAUGCUACUCGACAAAUUUUCUGGAGUUGAUAACUUCACGCAUCCAAUGAAGUCUGGCGAAGCACGGUCACCAUGCAGUUAUCAGAGCAUGGUAGUUGAACUUCACCAGAGCCAGAUUGAGCGUCACUUUGAGAUGGACGUCAAUCGAACUGUAUUCAUUGAGUCGGAUCGUGAAGAGGACGAAUAG